AUGGAUAGUUCAAUGAAGAUUGAACGCAUUCUGGCACAGCUCGAGACGGGACUUGGCGCAGUGAAGCUGUCGCCCAAGGUCAAAUCGGUGACUCUGACCCUGUCGCAGCGGACGCGGGCCCCGGGAGCGCGGCAUUUCUGGCGCGAGCAUUUGCGGCGAAUUCAGUAUGCUAACCCUGCUUUGCCCAUUGAGGUCAGCUACCCGCGGGAGCCGUGCCUGCCCAAGCUUGAGAUCAAGUUUUCUGAUGCUGCUGUGGACUCAUUCAGCGUCGCCGGUCUGCGCUCCGACGAGAUCUGCAGGCAACUCAUGGACAAAGCUGCUCGCCAGUAGGAUCACGGCGCCAAAACAACAGCAACAACAGCGUCACUUGGGUAAAUAGCAGUAUGUGUUUUGGGGAGUCAAUUGAAGUAGUAGCGCACCAUGCCAAUGUCAACGGCAACGGCAACAACAGCUGCAACUGCAACCUCAGCGGCUGGGUAUUAACAAGAAUAGCCGUUAUAUUGCGCAUGUUCAAGUCAUAUAUAUACUUUUUUAGCAUAGGCUACACCAUAUGCUCGAUACGACCUUUUAUUGCUUUACCGCACUUACUCGUAUUUUUAUAAUAAAAGUAGCGCAAUGCAGUGUAUAAACUAUCAAUUGAAGCAAGUCGGUC